UAGAAAGAGAGGGGGACAGGAAAAGAACAGGAGGAGAAGGAGAAGGAGGAGGCCACCGGUGUGUACGGUGGGGGAGAGAAGCGCGACAUUCCCCGAGCAAUAGAAUAAGUGGCUGUGAUAAUUUACUGUGGCAUUAUUGAUGAACGACAGUAAAAACACGACGUGUAAUUCAAGCAAUAAGAAACAACUUAGCGGACCAAGUUUGUCGAUAGACGAAUGAAAUAUUUUUUCUGUGAUAGCGCAUUUACUGUAGAAAAACCGAGAGCGAGCGAGAAAGAGAGUAUUCCCUUAUUGUCAUCCCGUGCGUGGAAGAUUCCUUUUAUUUACAACCUAUAGCAAUAUAUGGACAGGCGUGGCAUCGUCAGGAGGCACACAUAGCCCGCGAUCAGCGGAAGUAAAUAUUGAUAUUUUUGUCUGGGCAUCUUGCGAGAUUCGUGGCGACGCAGCUGUGAAACCACGUGUUUACUACGAGGGAAGCAUGCGUGCGGCGUGAGACUGACUGUGAAAUUUCUCCCCGCCCCCUCGUGUCUACUACCGACCCGAGACUCUCUACUACAAGGGGCUCCGUGCGACGGUGAUAUUUUUCUCGCCAAGCGAGAGAAAAAAACAACUGUAAAUCUGUCGAACGUCGUCGUGUGCACUUAGUUAGAUCGAUCGACGUGGAAUGAUGAUGCCGAACAUGAUGCUAAACGAUCUGAUGUGGAGAUCGGUAAUGUGGUACUACUAUCACCGCAUGACAGAUGGCAUUCCGAAGGUUGACGAGUACAUGCUGUCGUGUCCCUACUGCGACAAGAACUUCCCGCACGUGUACGCGCUGCGCGAACACAUGCACGCCGCCCACACGAGCCACGAGGGCACCGCCGCCGCCGCCGCCGCCGCCGCAGCCGCUGCCGCCGCCGCCGGCUUCGUCUGCCACAAGUGCGACACGACCUUCCUGUCGAAGUCUCAGCUGGACCAGCACCUGGCGCUGCACUCGCCGACGCAGCAGUCGUGCCGCGUGUGCCGCAAGACGUUCGCCAACGUCUACCGGCUGCAGCGGCACAUGAUCUCACACGAUGACAACCAGGUGCUACGCAAGUUCAAGUGUCCUGAGUGCGGCAAGGCGUUCAAGUUCAAGCACCACCUGAAGGAGCACAUCCGCAUCCACACGGGCGAGAAGCCGUUCGAGUGCCCCAACUGCCACAAGCACUUCUCGCACUCCGGCUCCUACAGCUCGCACAUGACCAGCAAGAAGUGCCUCGUCGUAAACAUGAAGACGCGCGGCGGGGGAGGCGGUGGCGGCGGUGGCGGCGGUGGCGCGGCGGGGGUAGGCAGCGCGGGGAAGACGCGCGGACGGAAGCCGUGCGACGGCGUUGCCGCGGCGAUGGUCGCGCCCGCCGCGCUCAUCCCGCCCAUGCAGCGCGCGCAGGGGGCGCUGCAGGCGGUAGGGCCGGCGUCGGCGUACGCGCCCAACCCGUACCUGUUUGCUCAGCAGUUUGUGUCACCGCUGUACGCAGCCGGCGGCCUCCCCGCGGGUCUCGCCACCUCCCUUGCCGCGCCCGUCCUCUCCCUCCCCACCGCCGCCGACCCCAAUGUGACCCGCCGCGGCGGAGCGUCACCGAUGUUCCCAGCCACCGACGCCGUCACGUCGAGUUCUGAGCGGCCGGCGGGCGAUGCACCAGCGGCGGCGAGGGAGCUGGGCGAGGAGACGCCCGCUGGCGAGCUGAAACUGAAAGAGGAGCAGAGCGACGACACGGCGGUGACGGAGGCGGUGACGGCGGCUCUGCCGGUUGUCAAGAUGGAGGAGGGCGAGGGGCCCGGCGGUCAGCAGCCGGCGGGCGAUCUCACGGCGGUCAAGAAGAUCCUGGAGGUGGUCAACGCGACGGUCAGCAAGCAGAAGGAGCAGGAGAGCGAGCUGCUCAUGCGGCUCAAGAGCGGAAUCAGUCCCGAGGUGCAGCUUGACCGGCGGCCCGCCGAGCAGAACGGCGACGUCGACGACGACGACCGCCAGGAGGCGCCCGCGACCGCGGAGGAAGGCGGCGGCGGGGUGCAGGGCGGCAGCUGCUACAGGUGCUACUUCUGCGGCGAGGUGUUCUCGAACCGCAUCGACCAGCACCAGCACGAGCGCUACCUCUGCCGGCUCAACAAGGACGUGCAGCUCGCGACGAUCCACUCGUCGCACCACCACGUCGUCGCCGCGGCGACCGCCUCGCAGCGCUACCGCCGCCCGAUCCUCUCCGAGUCGGACGGCAACGCGGACAGCGCGACGACGGAGAGCGAGGACGGCGGCUCGGUGGGCGACGUCGCGGACGACGCGAGCGGCGGCGGGGGCGCCGACGACACGAGGAACCGCAUGCGCUCGUUCAUCAACGAGGAGCAGCUGAAGGUGCUGCGCGCCUACUACGAGGUCAACCCGCGGCCGCGCAAGUUCGAGCUGAUCCGCGUCGGCCAGGAGAUCGGCUUUCCGAAGCGCGUCGUGCAGGUCUGGUUCCAGAACAUGCGCGCGCGCGACCGCAAGAAGGGCCGAGCGAUCCCGUCGUCGGGCGUCGCCGCGCUGCAGCAGCAGCAGACGAAGCAGGCCAUUGCUGCGGCGCCGCGUCCCUCGUCGCCGUUCCCGCCGGCGAUCGCGCCCUACAGUGGCGCCCUCGUACCCUGCUCCGAAUCAUUCCAGCCGCUCUACUACAGCGCGUCGGUCGGCGCAUCGCCACAGUUCGCCCACCAGGGCGGCGUCGCCGUUGCUCCGAAGACGUCGCCGGCGCCACCGUCGUACGCGUCACCGUUCACGCACUCGCUCACGAAGGCCUUCAGCUACCUCUACACGCCGCCGCAGGACACGCCGCUCGACCUCUCGCUGAAGCCGCGGCCGGCGCACGCGGGCCCACGAGGGGGCGCCGCCGCCGACGCGUGCUCGCCGCACGACGAGCCGAACGCCGAGCUGCUCUCCGUGCUCAACCUGAGCCGGCGCUCGGACCGCGACGCGGUCGCCAUGGCGACGCCGACGAGCCGCAGCAUCGAGAACUCGAUCCUCUACCAGUACAUGCACCGCGAGGGCAUGAUCCGCGCGCCGGCGUUCGGCAUCGGCGGAGAGGGGGCGCCGCCGUACGUGGUGACGUCGCCGCGCAGCUCGCCUCACUCGCAGGCGUGCACGCCACCGCCGCCGCUGCCGGCGUCGUCCGUGUCGCCGUCGUCGUGCUCGGACGAGUGCAUCGACGAGAACGCGAACCCUGACCUUGACAAGGACGCGGACAGCAUGGACGAGGACGGGUCGCUCGGCAAGCGCAUGCGCAAGAAGACGUGGCGCCAGGUACAGGUGGAGGCGGACGAGGUCGGCUCGCUGGAGGGGGAGGACAUGGAGAGCCUGAGCAAGCGGCGCAAGUCGUGGAAGCAGCACAAGAUCGAGGCGGAGAGCGGCGACGGCAUGCUGUACGGCUGCGACCAGUGCCACAAGGUGUUCAACAAGCAGAGCAGCCUCGCGCGCCACAAGUACGAGCACUCCGGCGCACGUCCAUACAAGUGCGACAUCUGCGACAAGGCGUUCAAGCACAAGCACCACCUGACCGAGCACAAGCGACUGCACAGCGGCGAGAAGCCAUUCCAGUGCAAGAAGUGCCUGAAACGCUUCAGCCAUUCGGGAUCCUACAGUCAGCACAUGAACCACCGAAAUGGAUGUUUAGGUGCGAGGACGUCGGAUAGCCCCUUCGUGAAUGCGAUGAGCCAGUCUGUGUAGCAGCAAGCUACGGCGACGUGCAGGAGAAGGGAGGGAAGCUGCGGCAGCAGCAGCAGCAGCAUAGCUACUUAUCUCACUCACGCGACCCGCCCCUGCGCCGUGCCAGCAAGCGACGCAUUUUGCCUUCACUCAGCGAGACGUCGCGGGACCCCAAUGACAGAGUAAAGAGAGAGAGAGAGAGAGAGAGAGAGAGAGAGAGAGAGAGAGAGAGAGAGAGA